CGUUUGAAACUUUGACUAUAUGAUUUCCCUUCACCAUAUAUAUAUAUAUACAUAUAUGCAUCUCUCUGUCUCUGUUACGCUUCAUAGAAUUUGGUUUCAAAAUCAACUCUCUCAUCAUCAAACCACCAUUCCAGCACAUUGGGUUGUGGAGAAUGAUGUUAAUUAACUUGCAAGCUCAGCAAAAUUUUCAAGGUCAGGUUGGUGGAGAGAAUCUAGCUAUUUCACAUUUCACCAUUGCUAAAAUAAGUUUUUAACGGAGGACAAAGAGGAAAAGGACGAAGACUCCAACGAAUGGUAUUGAAGAACUUGUUAUCUUAAUUGUGUUUCAAAGAUGGUGGUGGAACUUCAUAGCGUUUGCUGCACCAACUUCUCCUCUAACAGCUUCCUUUCUCAAUGAUCAAAUAUGCGUCACAUCCAUUCUUGUCCUUGUCUCUGACCUGCAGUUAAUGGUUGGAUGUGAGGGUAGCAAGUCCCCUUAUACAGAAACAACACACAAACAAACAUGGGAAGAUCUCCUUGCUGUGAUGAGAGUGGCCUCAAGAAGGGUCCUUGGACUCCUGAAGAAGAUCAAAUGCUCAUCAACUACAUCCAAAAGAAUGGCCAUGGAAGCUGGAGAGCCCUCCCUAAAUCCGCAGGUCUGAAUCGAUGUGGGAAGAGUUGCAGGCUUAGAUGGACUAACUAUUUGAGGCCAGAUAUCAAGAGAGGCAAAUUCUCCCAAGAAGAAGAACAAACAAUUCUCAAUCUCCAUUCCAUCCUAGGCAACAAAUGGUCAGCAAUAGCAAGCCACCUACCCGGUCGGACGGACAAUGAGAUCAAGAAUUUCUGGAACACACAUCUGAAGAAGAAACUGAUCCAGAUGGGUUUUGAUCCGAUGACUCACCGGCCGCGGACAGACAUCUUCUCAAGCCUGCCUCACUUGAUAGCCUUGGCUAAUCUGAAAGAGCUCAUGGACCAUCACUCACUUGAAGAACAUGCUGUUAGACUCCAAGCGGAGGCAGCUCAAAUGGCCAAGCUUCACUACCUACAAUACCUCUUUCAAACUUCAAACCCCAUUAACACCCCUUCAACCUCUGAAUUUGACAUGGGAACCCUCAAUAACCUUCUGAAUAAUUUUACUCCGCCACCUUCAUCGUCUUCAUCAUCUCUUGUGAUUAAUGAUUCAACAAUCCCUUUCUCUCAUUUGCCUGAUCUAGAAGUGGCCCCGUAUCAAACUACUGAACCACAAACCAAGGACUUGGUUCAAGGUUCUAAUACUAGUACUCAUGAUCAGUUUAUGGUGUUUGGUCAUGGAGAGAAUAUGAACUCUCCGAAUGGUAAUUCUCCGUGGCUUGGUCAGUCGUCGGCUUCGGCUACUCCUUCUCCACCGUCUAUGGUCGCUCUUCCUUUAACCGACGAUAAUUGUUCGAACGACGGUAACUUAUUGGGGGAUGUUUUCAAUACUAAUUCAAGCUCAAUCUGGCCUGAGUUCCUCCUUGAAGAUCCUUUGUUUCGUGAGAUUUCUUAGCCUUAAUUUUGAGAGCUGUGUGUGUGAAUAGGUUUGGAAUUCUCUCUAUACAUACUUGUAUGAUUUACUGUGUAUUAUUACUCCUACUUAUGAGCUUUUUUAUCUAUUGUUUACUACAAUAUUUAAGUAUUAA